CAGCCACACAGACACUCCUCCUGUGAGCAUUUGUGAGGCAGCUUCUGUCCCUUAUGUCUCUUUGUGGGGAACAGAACAGACUUCCCAGAGCAUCACUGAAGACAAGACAGAACUCUAGGGACGACACCCCAGUUGCAGACAUCUGUGUAACCCUGGCCUCAUCUACAGUGGAUGUCAAAAUGAGAUCACGGAGAGGAGACACAGACCUACUCAAGCUGGAGUAAAACAUCCAGAGGUCCAAAACAGGACGUGGAACUUAAGAGGUGGACAUCCCCAGAUGUCAAUUUUGAGUUGAACGUGACACGACCAGCACAUCAAAAUCAACAGCGCUGGAUUGGAUCGCUAAAGAAAAGCUCUUUCUUGGAGAGCAUUAAAUAAUUUUUUGAUAGCGCUCUUGAGGAGGAGGUAAUAUGAAGUCUUGAAACUUUACAGCUGUUCACUGAAGAGAGAAAGAGAAGUGCCACAUGCAUAAGAAAAUUAUGUUAAGCUGUGGGAAAAGUGUGUGCCUGGACUAACAGUACGGUGGAUCACUGAGGACUGCACAAAUGUUCACAGCGUGUGGUGUGGUCAGUGGCCAGAACCAGUACCUGACCAGAGAUGGCAUGAAGCCCCACCCAGGACUGGAGUUGAACAUACCAAUCCAAAUGGAGAAUGGGGUAACUUCAAGCAUGUGCCCUGUUUAUCAAAGCCAAGCCUGUAACAAUGCUGGACAGCCAGGUGGGGUUAAUAAUGUUUCUAGGCCAGUCAAACCAGCACCACUCCCAGUCCCUCCUCCUGCACUCAAAUUAGGGCAAGAAGGAUUCAAAAAAGUGUGCCGAACUGAGGAGGACAGUCCCUGCCCCUUCCCAGGGCUAGCUUCUGGGGUGUUGGAGAUGCGCGUUAAGGAAGGAAGCAAGAUUCGCAAUUUAAUGGGAUUUGCCAUGGCACGGAUGCAAGGAGAGAAGGGAGUAAGUGGGGUAAAUGUGAGUGGUGGUGGGCUCAGACAAGUGGUUUUUACCGGGUCAGGUCGUGCCGUCACGAAGACCAUCACCUGUGCCGAGAUCAUGAAGCGAAAAGUGGGCUGUUUGCACCAGCUGACCAAACUCCGGUAUAAGGUGGUAAAAGAAGUGUGGGAGAGUACUGAAGGAGGGACAUCCGAGAUGACAGUGCACAGGACUGUGCCCUCCAUCAGCAUCCUUCUUUCCAAAGAUCCUCUGGAUCCCCAAGAACCAGGCUACCAGCCUCCAGAGACUCUCAGUGCAUUGUGGGAAGAAAGAGAGGGUACCGAACCUGCAACAGCAUCCAAGCGAUCCCUUGGACCUUUGCCAUACACCAGUUUCCCUGACUGUAAGAGAGUGUGUUUAGGGGAAGGAGUCUCAGUCCUUCCUCCUCACUGACUGGCCCAACUGGUGUCACAGUGGAGAGGAUUGAAUCAGAGGCGUUCAUUUGGCACUGCACUCCACUCAAGCACAAUGCUGAGACAAUCAGAACAUUCACUCAGACAGAACAGUGCUUUCUCAGAAGAACUGACUACCAAUUCCAUCCUCCAGAGGUCAGUUUGACUGGGACCUAAAAGGCUGCCUCUGGACAUACAGCAUUUACAGGACGUCUUUUGUGGUACGUCCAACAUGGUCUCUCACAUCCAGAAAACUUUGAUGAUGUGUGCUACCAUGCUAAUAUAUGACAUCUAGAAAAAAUAUUACAUCCUAUUUCACACUGACAAAAAGCCAUGAAUUUCAUAGGUUCUAGGUUACUGCUUUCAGUAAACUAUUAACAACCUGUGGACAAAAUCAUUUGUUUGCCUUAUGUUACAGUCAUCUCGGCAACUAUUUUCCCCAUGCUUUUAAAUUUAACCUUUCCGAAUAUAAAACGUAGAUCCGAGUAGACACACACACGUACGCACAUGUGCACACACACAUACACGCACACACACAACCAAAGCCACUGGUGACAUGACAAAUGCACAGCAUACACAUUUUAUUUGUCUGAGUAUUAACUCUCAUGAAAACAAAAUUAAAUAAAUGCUUUUUUUCAGUGGGAAUUUUCAUUUGUAUUUCAUCUUUCUUACUCAAACAUCAUUGAAUUUGCAAAGCUGCGAUUGAACAGAAAAUCACAGUGCGCUGUUCUUUUGAUAAGAAUAACAGCAGUGAAAUUUGUCUGCAGAAAAAGCUGAUUUAAUGACAAAGCUGUUGAUAAGGCGCAGUCCUAAACCAACCCAGCCUGACAGAAAUGCCUAGGGCAGAAAUACAGGCACAGAUUAUCAUUAAGAUAGCAAUAUAACAUCACACAACACAGUGGAGAAAAGGAUUAAAACUAGGUUUGACAGAGCUUCACACUACACUGUUCCUGCAAAAUAUUAAAUCAAACCAACUAGCUGCUCUCCUUCCCGUUUCAGCCUAUAGGCCUAACCACCCACUAUAUCAAUUGUAGUCUACCUCUUCGGGUAUAUUCUUACAUUUCAUAAGCAAAAUAAUAUGCUAUAAAAUAUGGUAUAAAAGGAGCUAAGCUUUCAAAGUAACACUAUGCACUUGGAGUUGACAGACAUAGCAAAUAAAAUGGCUGUAUACUUUUUCCAUUUUUUUAUGCAUUGCCUCCCUGCAUUUUCACGCCAUUUAGAUACCAUUUUAGUUGCAAAAGCGGUACCUCUAAGUAAUUGCAGAAGCUUAACUGGAUGCUGCAGACGCUUUUGGUGCUUGGAUCAAAAUUCCACCCUCUGCAGACUCCAUAGCAGUACGAAAAAACAACAACCGAGGGCAUAUGUAAUGAAUUUUAUGGAUUAAAGAUUUCUUUAAAAGUUGUUCUGAGCAACACAAACAAAAUAAACCUUCCGGUGAAUUAAUCAGUCCAAAUACUUAAGACCUUUUCCAUUUAAUCACCCAUAUGUUCCACGCAUAAUAACUUAGAUAAGUGGAACCUUGUCUUAAUGCCGAUCUUAAUGAAAAUCUGCAAAUGCAAAUGUCGACCCCCUAAAGUAGAUUAAUCAAAGUGACUCCUAAUUGGAGGGGGCAUUGUUGGUGGAUUUUAAAAGAGGAGAAAAAAAGGAAAGUCAGAUCUACGGCAUUUGCUUUCAAACUCACUGGACAAAGAAAGAAAAAUGCUAGUAUUUCAUAUAGCAGUCAUACAGCACUUUAACAGUCUAUGACGGACAUAGUGAUUAACCUCCCUCUCGAUCCCAUUAAAUGAAUCAGAGCACAGCAGAGCACCCAAGGUUGAAUACAAAAUGCUGUGACUGCAAUACAGGACAUAUGUAGCAAACUGUGUGUCCUCAAGACUGCAGGAAGGUUAUCAUUCCAGGUCAUUGUUAUCACAGAGUUAACAGCUUUCAUCCAAGAGCCUAUGGGACAGUCAGUCUACGAUCCAGGUUGAACAGAUAAUGCCACUAUAAGUACAUUUCAAAUCGACCCGCAUCUGUUAUUAAGCACUAAGAAUUCUGGGCCAAGUGUGAAAUGCAGUGGGGGUAAUUAGGGAUAAUGGCAAAGCGUACCUGACUGAGAGAACAGAUAAAACAUCCUGACAAAAGCAUCAUCCCAGCGCUAAAUCCAAUGAGGCUGGCAUGAAAUAGUAUGGUGAAGGAGUCAACAAAGUGCAUUACAGGAAUGUGGACAAGGUUAUUCACAAGCUGAGUGUCUGUUUUGCCAGUAAUGUUUAGCUGGUGGUUUUCAAGCAUGCAGUCAAGGUGAAUUUGGAGGAAAUACAGGCCUAGGCUUAAAUUCUGUUCGUUUAGUUAAUGCGCCCCACACACACACAUCAUACACGGAUGCACAUGCACCGCAUACAUAUAUAUUGUUAUAUAUAUUGCAUUCUCAUUUUUUCUGAAGGUCAGAAUGUUUUUCUGUGAACAACUCAUUAAAUACUCACUACAUACUUCAAUCAUAAAUGACAAAGGAAAGCAUUAUUUUAAGGCUGAUUACAGUUUUCUGUUAUGGUGGACACAACAGUAACCUCCUUUUUGCCAAAGCCAAUGACUACAUGCACUGAAUGUGAAUAAAUUCAUUUUGAAGUUAACAUAA